UUUCCUCUCUCUCUCUCUCUCUCAGAUGAGGUUCAGUGUUACGUCUGAGUCACGUGUCUCUCCUCAGUGAAGGCUUUGCUUUCUGCGGCUCCUCAGCAGCUCAGCAGUGAUGUUGAGGCUGAGAUGUGUGAUGCAACUCAGAGAGACUCGCUCAUAAGAUAGAGAGGUAAAGUUAUGGCACAUUCAUCCCAGCAGAAAAAGGUCCCGCAGCAGGUAUUUCUCUCUGCAAGAAAGUCCCUCAGCGCCUUUCUGGGACACGCAACUCCGGAGCGAGAAAACACUAAAUUACGCGUCAAAUUAAACUAAUUGACAUUUGGAGCAGAAGAGCGUCGAGGACUUGAAGAUUUCAGCAGCGUUGAGCAGAGCUAGGGGCCACGAUGCAACAGGCCUGUCAGGUGAAGAUAACGAGCAGUUCACAACUACACAUGGUGUAAAGCUAAUCUUGAUGCAGCCAUAGUUACAAGUGCCCUUCGACCAGCCUGAGAAUGACACUCGGAGAAUAGGACUCCUGAGUUUAUCCUUCACCUCCAGAGCCUUCAGGCAGACUACCAAAUCAACAUUAACAGUGAAACCAAGGCAGCCAUAAACCUGUUCAGGAAGGACGCCAUGACCACUAAGAAGGAGAAGGAGAAAGAGAUCAAGUAUGAGGACCCUCCAGAUGGAGGUUGGGGCUGGAUGGUGGUGCUGCAUUGCUUCCUGGUAAACGUACUGGUGAUGGGAACACUGAAGAGUUUUGGGAUCUUCUUUGUGGCGUUCCAAGAUGACUUUGGAGGCUCGGCAGAGAGUAUCAGCUGGAUCGGUUCCAUCAUGUCCAGUCUGCGCCUGUCUGGAGCACCCCUUGCCUCUAUAGCCUGUGCCAAGGUAGGAACCAGGGUGACCUCCAUCAUCGGGGCCGUGCUGGUUAGUGGAGGCUUCAUCAUUAGUAUUUUCGCCAACACCGUGGUGUUCCUCUACAUCAGCAUGGGAGUGAUAGUUGGGAUAGGUUUUGCACUACUAUAUCAAUCCUUCUCAGUGGUCACAGCGCUGUACUUCCGAAAGAGGCUAGCGACAGCGUACGCGAUUGGGCGUUCUGGGAUGGGUUUGACCUUUGCCCUUGCUCCAUUCACUCAGCUGCUCCUGGACCAGUAUGCUUGGCAAGGUGCAAUGCUGAUUCUUGGCGGUCUCAUGCUGAACCUGGUUGCCUCUGGGAUGCUUCUGCGGCCAAUCAACGUGACGCCUCCAGUGCCAAACCCUACCUCUCCUCCCAUUGAAAAGAGUCCUGCUGUUUCCCUCAAGAGCUCCUCAGAGAAGGAAUACACUAAGAGCUGCUUGAAUGGCUCCUCUCACUUAUCCAAUGGCAUCUCCAAAGCAGACUCAUUCCCAUCCCCUCCUCCUGCCCCUCAUGGGGACACUGAGAACCCGGGGGGAAAAUGUACUCAGGGACUCCAGGACCAGUCAGUGAACCCUGAACUGACCAGACUGGUCCUCAAUGGUGUGAAUGGCCAUGAGCCCCACCAUGACUUGGGUUCAUGUAAACCCACAACUCCAGACAGCUCAGCGGAGCACAACGGCAGCACGAAUGGGUCCACCAUUGUUGGAUUUCCCUCGCAUGCCAGCACGCCGACUGAGGUGACCGUCAGAAAAGCCAAAGUACUGGAUUUCUCCCUGCUAAAGGACCCGUUCUUUUGUAUCUACACUUGGUCCUUGGUCUUCAGCCAGCUGGCCUACUUCAUCCCCUAUUUCCACCUGUCUGCCCGAGCCAGAACCCUGGGCAUCGAUGCUAUGGACGCUUCCUUCAUCAUCUCUGUGGCAGGUAUCACAGAGACCAUCGCCCAGCUGGCCUCGGGCUGGGUGGCCGACAGGAACCUCUUCCAUAAAUACCACUACCACAAGGCCUACCUGAUCCUCUGCGGCGUAGUCAACCUGCUCUCCCCACUGGCCACCUCCUACAUCCUGCUGAUGGUUUACGCCAUCUUCUUUGCCAUCUUCUGUGGAGGAUACAUGGCUCUGCUGCUGCCCGUUCUAGUAGAUCUCGUGGGGUCGGAGAAACUCAACAACUCCAUGGGCUUCUCCAUGUUCUUUGUCGGCCUGGGUUGCCUCACAGGACCUCCUUUGGCAGGCUUCCUGUACGACUACACACAGACUUACGACUGUUCUUUCUACCUGGCGGGGCUCUGCUAUCUGCUGUCCUCUGUCUCUCUGUUCAUGGAGCCGCUGGCUCAGCGCUGGAAGGCCAGGAACACACUGACCCGGACCGAGAGGGCGGAAAGCAGCUGUAAGACCAACGGCUGCUUCGCCCCCGACCGCCUGCAGAACGGCGCUGUGUAGGAAUGAAACCCAGGGAAGGCCUUCGAUCUUGAACCAGCAUGCUCAUAACUUGCCACGGGCCCUGCAUACCUUGGACCUUGGACUCCCGCUUCAAGUUGGGACAGCUUCAAGUAACCCUUAAUUUCAGAGGGAACGUAACAGGGGGCCGAGGAGAACACAAUUAAUGUGUCUGAGAACAAGCAGGACGUUGGCAAAUAGAUGAUUAUGUUGAACUUUUAAAGAG